GCGCUCACCCUCCGCCAUCUUAACGGCGCGGGCACCCCGCGCCCUUCGCGAGGCGCUGCCUGAUUGGUGGAGCGCGGCCACGCCCCCUCCUCAUCGGCAGCUCGGCGCUCUGGCGGCGGAAGUGACGUCCAGGCGCGGCAGGCGAGCGCCGAGCGGGGCUGAUGCAACCCGGCGGAGCCGCCGCCAUGGAGCCCGCGCCCAGCCCGCAGGAGAAGUAUCAGCUCAUCACCCGGAACCUGCAGGAGGUGCUGGGGGAGGAUAAGCUCAUGGCCAUCCUGAAGGAGCGAGAGCUGAAGAUCUACUGGGGCACGGCCACCACGGGCAAGCCGCACGUUGCCUACUUCGUGCCCAUGUCCAAGAUCGCGGACUUCCUGAAGGCUGGAUGUGAGGUGACCAUACUCUUUGCUGACCUCCACGCUUACCUGGACAACAUGAAGGCGCCCUGGGAGCUGCUGGAGCUGCGGACUCGCUACUAUGAGAACGUGAUCAAAGCCGUGCUGGAGAGCAUUGGGGUGCCCUUGGAGAAGCUGAAGUUCGUGCGGGGCACUGACUACCAGCUCAGCAAGGAAUACACGCUGGACGUGUAUCGCCUCUCGUCCAUGGUGACGCAGCACGACGCCAAGAAGGCAGGAGCAGAGGUGGUGAAGGAGGUGGAGCACCCAUUGCUGAGUGGUUUGCUCUACCCUAGCCUGCAGGCCCUGGAUGAGGAAUACCUCAAGGUCGAUGCCCAGUUUGGAGGAGUUGAUCAGAGGAAGAUAUUCACCUUUGCAGAGAAGUACCUUCCUUCCCUGGGCUAUGCCAAGCGCGUCCAUUUGAUGAACCCCAUGGUUCCUGGUCUGACAGGCAGCAAAAUGAGCUCCUCAGAAGAGGACUCAAAGAUUGAUCUUCUGGACCGCAAGGAGGAUGUAAAGAAGAAGCUGAAGAAGGCUUUCUGUGAGCCAGGGAACGUGGAGAACAACGGGGUCCUCUCCUUCAUCAAGCACGUCCUCUUUCCCCUCAAGUCAGAGUUUGUGGUUCUGCGAGACGAGAAAUGGGGAGGAAACAAAACCUACACAGCCUAUGAGGCCCUGGAGAAGGACUUUGCUGAGCAGGUUGUGCACCCUGGGGACCUCAAGAACUCGGUGGAAGUGGCCCUGAACAAGCUCCUUGACCCUAUCAGAGAGAAAUUCAACAGCCCAGAGCUGAAGAAGCUGACGAACGCAGCGUAUCCCGACCCCUCCAAAGCCAAGCCUGCAGAGAAGGGCACCAAGAACUCGGAGCCAGAGAACGUGGUCCCAUCCCGGCUGGACAUCCGCGUGGGCAAAGUGAUCAGUGUGGAAAAGCACCCGGAUGCUGACAGCCUGUACGUGGAGAAGAUCGACGUGGGGGAGCCUGAGCCCCGCACUGUGGUCAGUGGCCUGGUGCAGUUUGUGCCCAGGGAGCAGCUGCAGGACAGGCUGGUGGUGCUGCUUUGCAACCUCAAACCCCAGAAGAUGAGGGGUGUGGAGUCGCAGGGCAUGGUGCUGUGUGCCUCCAGCCUGGGGGAGCCACGGCUGGUGGAGCCCCUGGACCCGCCGGCCGGGUGCUGUGCUGGGGAGCGUGUCUACGUGGAGGGUUAUGAGGGUGGACAGCCCGAUGAGGAGCUCAAGCCAAAGAAGAAGGUCUUUGAGAAGCUGCAGGCCGACUUCCGCGUCUCUGAGGACUGUGUGGCCCAGUGGAAGCAGAGAAACUUCCUGACCAAGCUGGGGACAGUCUCAUGUAAGAGCCUCAAGGGUGGGAGCAUCAGCUAACAAGUGCCAGUGCCUCCUACCUGAGUCCCACCAGCACCUCAGCCUCUUCUCCUCGUCUCUGCCAUCUCCUCCCUGGUGCUCUGAGCCAGGGGCUCAGCCCUGCAGGACCUGGGGGCUCUGGGACUCAAUUUGCAGCCUCUUCCCAUGGAGAGCUGCCUCCAGCAUCCCCCUCGCCCUGGGCCUGCUCAACUGGGGGCUGGCAGUGGCACCUAAAGGACCUAUGUGACUUAUUCUGUGGCUCUACGCUGGGGCCACUGGCUCACUCCCAGUACGGACUGGGUGCUCUGCUGCUGGUCCCCAUGGGCACAGUGCAUGGGUGCUGCAGUGAGGGCAGAAAGGGAAAGCUGCUUGCUCAAACCUGUGUUGCUGCUAUUGGAGCUGGGGGCAGCUGCCCAGCAUCAGGCAGGCCCCAUUCCCUCCUCCAUGCUUGGGGCUGUGGCCAUGGCUGGUGCUGCUCCAUGGCCAGGAGCCCUGGGGGGGGGGGACACAGGCCUUAAGCACUGACUUGGCAACCAUCUGUCUGUUGUAAAACCCAAUAAAAUGUCAGUCUGA